UACCCCUUUCUGUCCCCUAAUAAUAUUGUGUGGGUGGUGGGUUUUAAUCCAGCCCCAGAACUGCUCUCUCAAAGCUGAAACCCACCCUCUCUUUUCCUGGUUCCCAGCCCCCUGGAUUCUCCGCCCCCCUCCCCGGCACCUCUCCCUGGGCAGAAAAAGGAAAUCCACAGUGCAUAGCUCCCAACCUCCUUAAGAUUACCCAACCAUUACCUGUUUGAGCUGUUCAGAUUUAAGAGAUAGUGUCUAGGUAACCUCAGUGCCCCAAACUGGCUUGCUGGACUCGCCUUCCAGAAAUGAGGAUCAAGGUUCUAGAGCUCACCCUUUGCAGCUCUUCAGGCAAAUAAGAGAACCGUUCCUCUUCUUGCCAAGCUAUGGCCAAGACCACCCGCUACGAGCCGACUCCUCAGGAUGAGCUGCCGGCCAACUCAGUACCCAACGGGACCUCGAAUCCCUCCUCCCGCCAGCCCCUCGAGGACUCCUCCGGCAAGUCUCCCGACGACUCCAUGAAGCUGAAGAAGGAAAUCUCCCUGGUCAACGGCGUCUGCUUGAUCGUGGGCAACAUGAUCGGCUCUGGCAUCUUCGUCUCGCCCAAGGGCGUGCUGAUGUACAGUGACUCGUACGGCCUAUCCCUUGUGGUUUGGGCCAUAGGAGGGCUCUUCUCUGUCUUUGGGGCCCUGUGCUAUGCAGAACUGGGCACCACCAUCAAAAAAUCGGGGGCCAGCUACGCCUACAUCUUGGAGGCCUUUGGGCAGCUGCCGGCCUUCAUCCGCCUGUGGACUUCUCUCCUCAUCAUUGAGCCCACCAGCCAGGCCGUCAUUGCCAUCACCUUCGCCAACUACCUGGUGCAACCCAUGUUCACGUCCUGCGAGGCGCCUUACCUGGCAGGCCGACUCUUGGCCGCCGUCUGCAUCUGCCUCCUCACAUUUGUCAACUGUGCCUAUGUGAAAUGGGGCACGCGGGUGCAGGAUCUGUCCACCUACGCCAAGGUGCUGGCUCUCAUUGCCGUGAUCAUCGCCGGCGUGGUCCGCAUCGGGCAAGGACAUUCGCAGAACUUUGCCGACCCUUUCGAAGGAUCCUCCUGGCACGCGGGGGACAUUGCACUUGCCCUGUACUCCGCCCUCUUCUCCUACUCGGGGUGGGACACCCUCAAUUUUGUCACCGAGGAAAUCAAGAAUCCUGAAAGGAACCUUCCCCUCUCCAUAGGCAUCUCGAUGCCCAUCGUCACAGUGAUCUACAUCAUGACCAACUUGGCAUAUUACACAGUGCUGAGCAAGACGGAGAUAUUAACAAGUGACGCUGUGGCCGUGACCUUUGCCGAUCAAGUUUUUGGAGUUAUGAACUGGACGAUCCCAGUUGCUGUCGCCCUGUCCUGCUUUGGGGGGCUGAAUGCUUCCAUUUUAGCUGCUUCCAGGUUGUUUUUCGUUGGUUCCCGCGAGGGGCACUUGCCUGAUGCCAUCUGCAUGAUCCACGUCGAGCGGUUCACGCCUGUGCCAGCGCUGCUUUUUAACGGAGCCAUGGCCCUGAUCUACCUCUGCGUAGAGGACAUCUUCAAGCUCAUCAAUUACUACAGUUUUAGUUACUGGUUCUUUGUGGGCCUGUCGAUCGCGGGGCAACUCUACCUACGCUGGAAGGAGCCAUCGAGGGAACGUCCCCUCAAGCUCAGCAUCUUCUUCCCCAUCGUCUUCUGCCUCUGCUCUGUCUUCCUGGUAGCCAUCCCCCUCUACAGCGACCCCAUAAACUCCGCCAUUGGCAUUGCCAUAGCAGCUUCCGGACUGCCCAUCUACUACCUGGUGGUGAGGGUACCUGAGCAGAAGAGGCCGCACUUCCUCCGCCGGGCUGUGGGCUCCAUGACGCGGCUCAUCCAGCUCGUAUCCUUGUGUGUCCUGACGGAGAUGGAUCCCGACACAGAAGCGAAGGAUCAGUGAUCGAGGAAGUGGGGAAGCCGGUUUCUCCCCCUUGCCUGCGCCUUCUGUAACAGACUCUUUGGUGACCUCUAAUUUAUUGUUUGCUACUUGCCCAGACCCAUUCGUGAGGAAGUCUUUGGGGACUUUGUCGGAACGGCCGUUGCAGGAACUGAGAGACUCGCUCGCCUAUUUUUGUUCUUGUCUAACGCAGGAGUGUCUGUGUGUCCUUUCACCCUCGGCAGCUAAGUCCCAAUAAACCCUGAGAGCCACAGGUUUGCCUGUGGACAAUGAUUCUUA